UUUAGCUGGCAGAGGAUGCGUUCUGGAAAAAUGCAGUCAAGUGCAACCCUGGCUGCCACAAAGGUUUUCAGAAUUGAAACCUGCACUACAGGAUGCAAACAUCUGCUGCAGACAAACUGUGAUCGUGAAGUAUCUGGCAUUUGAAUCAUCAAAUCUGUACGUCACUGAUUUGAAACAAUCUUCUGAAACAAUACCUUAUGCUAUCAUCAACACCAGUCAAAGGACUGUGAUACCGGAACUAAUCCCAGGCACCAUCAUUGUAAUAAGAGAAAUGCUAACGUCCAGAGGUGACUUCGCCACGGAUGAGUUUACCUCAGUGUUUAAGGCAGAAAACCUUCCAUUCUACACGGGCUCAGUCGCUUCCAGCUGGUUUGAACAAAAUUGUCUGGAUCGGUUGAAAAAGGUUGACGUGAAAAUUCCAAAUCUCUGCCCUCAAGUGAAAAAUCACCAGCUUGCACUAGUCAAAGGGACAAUUUGUGGAGUUGACGAAGACAACUCAUGCGCUUGGCCUGUGUGCUCUAAGUGUGGAGGCGAAUCGCUUGAAGAUCUUCCCAAAGAUGUGAUGUGCUGCUUAGACUGUCACUCUGAAGGUCCGUUUUCUAACAAGGUUGCCCUGAGCAUUUACAUUAGUCCUUCACGAGGAUACCAUUGCAGCAAUGAUGACACUAAGAUCCUAAUCAAGCUAAAUCAUAGCGCUAGUGAGAGCAUCUUGCCUCCUGGUUGAGAUAAAAAUGAGGUUAGCAAAACAUUUUUCAUGAUUCUCGAAUAAUUUUUGGUAUUUUGAUU